UCGCCUUCAUUUUGUCCCCGCUCACUUGCGGCAGCUAGAUUCAUCGGUACCGCACAAGACAGCUGAACACAGUCGCUUGGUUUUUCAUUACCCGCUUCCGCAGCGGUACCCGCCCGCCGCCAUGUCUUCGUCCGACGAUGACACCCCUCUUGUCAAAAGCAGAUCGAAUGGAGUGAAGUCGCAGGAUCGCAUAUCGAAGAAGACCGACCGGGCCUUGGACAAGCAAAUCCCGUCAAACGGUCAUGUCGAGCCUGGCAUCUCCAUUCGGAUGGGUCCGGUCGAGGACAUGGACAUCGACGCACCACUUACAAAUGGAAAUGUCAACGGGAAACGGAAGUCCCGAGGCAGCAUUGCGAAUGGGAAAUCGUACAAGGACGCUAGCAGCUCGGAUGAAGAUGACAAACCUCUGAGUAAGCGAAGAAGGACCUCUCAGCAAGCCAGAAAGCCUGCGCAGGACUCGGACUCGGAGCUCAGCGACGUGCCGCUGAAGGCCCGGAAGCCACCAAAAGCGACUGCUGCCCAAAUUGGCGAAUCCUCUGACUCGGACGUUCCUCUAGGCCAAAAGCUUGUCAAGGAAAAGGCAGCCAUGGAGCGAGCCGCAGCAAAGGAGGCCCAGGCUAUCCGGAAGAAAGAGAAGGCCGCAGGCAGCAAACGCAAGCCGAGAGUGGAGAGUGAGAGUGAUGAUGACAUUCCUCUCGCGAAGAAGCAGCCCGCAAAGAAAUCUACAAAUGGUAUCAAAAAGGAUGAGUCCGACUCUGAUGUCCCUCUCAAAAAGAAAACAGCUCCAGCUUCUAAGAAGGGUAAGGCGAAGGCCGAGUCAGCCACCCCAGCUAAGAAAGCCAAAGGAAAGGCCAAGGAGGAAGACACCGAGCAAGAUCGUGAAGCCGAAGAGGAAGAAGAAGAGUACCGAUGGUGGGAGGAUCCAACCAAAGGCGAUGGCACCAAGAAGUGGACUACUUUAGAGCACAAUGGUGUUGUCUUCCCACCAGAAUACGUGCCCCUCCCGAAGGACGUCAAGCUCAUCUAUGACGGUGUCCCUGUUACACUUCAUAAGGAUGCCGAGGAAGUUGCCACUUUCUACGGAAGCAUGCUUAACUCAACGCACAACGUUGAGAACCCUACCUUCAAUAAGAACUUCUUCGACGACUUCACCGCGAUUCUCGACAAGACUGGCCAUGGCAAAGAUGAGGAAGGCAAGACCGUCAAGAUCAAGAAAUUCGAGAAGUGCGACUUCAAGCCAAUCUUCGAAUGGUUUGACAGUGAGCGAGCCAAGAAGAAAGCGCUCCCUGCCGCUGAAAAGAAGGCACUGAAGGCGGAGAAAGAUGCAGCUGAAGCGGAUUACAUGUACUGCAUAUGGGAUGGUCGCAAACAGAAGGUCGGAAACUUCAGAGUCGAGCCCCCAGGGCUUUUCCGUGGUCGUGGCGAGCACCCUAAAACUGGCAUGGUAAAGAAGCGUGUCGGGCCAGAACAAAUCACCAUCAACAUCGGUAAAGGGGCCAAGGUCCCCGAGCCACCAGCAGGUCACCGCUGGAAAGAAGUCAAACACGAUCAAGAAGGAACAUGGCUCGCAAUGUGGCAAGAGAACAUCAAUGGCGCUUACAAAUAUGUCAUGCUUGCUGCCAACUCGGACAUCAAGGGCCAGAGUGACUACAAGAAGUUCGAAAAAGCCCGUGAACUCAAGAAACACAUCGACCGCAUUCGAAAAGACUACCAGAGGGACCUCAAAUCUGACAAGAUGGCCGAUCGUCAGCGCGCCACAGCAAUCUACUUGAUUGAUCAGUUCGCCCUUCGUGCUGGGAACGAGAAGGGCGAGGACGAGGCAGACACAGUCGGUUGCUGUUCUCUGAAAUUCCAGCACGUUACCUUGAAGCCGCCGAAUACGGUCAUAUUUGAUUUCCUAGGCAAGGACAGCAUUCGCUUCUAUGAUGAAGUCCAGGUCGACCCCCAGGUUUUCAAGAACUUGAAGAUCUUCAAGAAACCUCCGAAGACAGCUAAUGACGAUAUUUUCGAUCGUCUGACGACCUCUGCUCUCAACAAGCACUUGAACAGCUACAUGACCGGCUUGACCGCCAAAGUGUUCCGUACCUACAAUGCCUCUUGGACUAUGGCUAGGCUUCUUAGGGAGAUGAAGUCGACUGGCACGGUCCCAGAAAAGGUCAAGGACUAUAACAACGCUAACCGCGAAGUUGCCAUCCUCUGUAAUCACAAGCGGACCGUCGCAGCUAGUCACGCUGGCUCUAUCGAGAAGAUGCAGGAGAAGAUAAAUGGGCUCCGUUAUCAAGGGUGGCGAGUGAAACAGAUGAUGAUCGAUGUCGAUGCGAAGAUAAAGAAGAAGAAGGGUGCCGAGUAUUUCGAGCUUCCGGAGGAUUUGGAUGAGGACUGGGUUAGGCAGCACCAAGAGUUCCUUGUCGAAGAACAACGCCAAAAGAUCCAAAAGAAGUUUGAGAAGGACAAUGAGAAGCGUAAGGCUGACGGCGAGAAAGAGAUGAAGGCCAAGGAACUCGACGAGCGCCUCGAGGUCGCUGAGGAGCUGGCAGCGAAGUUCAAGAAGGAGAACAAGACGGGCAAAGUCGAAGCUGAAGGCAAGGGUCCGACCAUCGAGAAGCUGGAAGCCAACCUCGACAAGCUCAACCAGCGAAUCGAAACGAUGAAAGUCCAAAUGGAGGACAAGGACAACAACAAGGAGGUAGCUCUUGGUACCUCCAAAAUUAACUAUAUCGACCCCCGUCUUACUGUCGUCUUCUCUAAGAAAUUCAACGUCCCAAUCGAGCGAUUCUUCUCGAAAACCUUGCGCGAGAAGUUCGAUUGGGCAAUCAAAUCCGUGGAUGAGGACUGGGAGUUCUAGAAACGGAAAUGCAUAGUCUUCAGCCGUUUUAGUUGAAUUAUGUUCGGGCUGGUUGGGUUUAGAACCGAUCUUGAUGGGGUGAUCAAAAAGGCGGCAGCACUGAUUUUUAGUGGGGCCUCCUGGAGUGGAGUCUUGCAUUCAUCAAAUUUUCUGGCUGGCUUUGUCAUGCAUAGCGAUGCGGUCUCAGUCAAUCAUCUGCCCGACGAUACGCACACUUUACUUGCCCGUACUAGAACUUGCGUAUCUGGAUUCAUACAAAAUAAUUGCCUUAACUUUUUGCGAUAUAUAGCUUGAUCCCCUCCUAAUGAGAC